UGACUUUGGAUUGUAGUAGGGUCUUUUUCGGUCCUUUUAAUACGGAGCAGGAGGAACAACAAACCCAACAACCGCAUCUCAAACUCUCGACACAUCCGAUCAGAUACAAAAGCCCAGAGGUCCCAUCGGCGUAGCGGUAGCGGCUCCGACGAUGAAGAUCCAAAAACAACAAUGGGGAGUCGAAGACUACUUUCCUGAAGAAAUCGUGGACAAAAUCCUGUUGAAGUUGCCCGUCAAAGAGGUUAUCAGAUGCAGCGCCGUGUGCAAGUUAUGGAACUCUCUCAUCAAAAACCCUGCCUUCAUUCAAACCCACCUCAACAAUCAAACCCACGACGGCGUUUCGGAGCUCCUCCUACUCAGCUCCCACCAAUCAGACGAUCUGUUUUGGGAUAACCCUGCAGCUUUAUUCGGUCAGUAUUCCAACCUCCGAAAUCCAAUUCACAACAACAACAACAGCAGUAGCAAUUGGACCAAAGGUAUCAGUUACCAAGUGGUCGGAACUUGUAACGGGCUCGUAUGCCUUUCUCUUUACUCAUUUGACCGUGACCCAUGCCCUCCUGUAAUUCUCUGGAAUCCAUCCAUUAGAAAGUUCGGGUUUUUGCCUAGUCCUAGUCUUGCCACUGAUUGCUGCCGGAAUGAAAGUUAUUAUUUCUGCUAUGAUUCUCGUAUUGAUGAUUAUAAGGUUGUGAGAAUUGUCGAGAGAAUCCACCGCGAGGUUGAGGUCUGGUCCUUAGCCUCAGGAGGUGCUUGGAAGAGUCUUAAUAAUAAUGUUCCUGCCGAUUUUUCCCCUUAUAGACACUGUCAUGCUUUUGUCAACGGUGCUUUUCACUGGGUUCAAAGCCGCCCGACGAAGGAGGAGGAGGAGGAGGAGUUUGCUGUUUCCGUUGUGGCAUUGGAUAUGGUUGAUGAAUCAUUUCGCAAUGUCGAGAUUCGCCAAGGUUGGAGUGGUCCACCAAUGAUUUCAAGGUACCAUGGUGAUGGGGAUCAGUGCUGGCUUGCGUUAUUUGAGUUGCAGGGAGACUCUUGUUUUGACUUGUGGGUGAUGAAAGAGUACGGUGUGGCCGAAUCAUGGACUAAAUUAUUCAAUGUGUGUCUGCUAGGAUCUCCGGAAGAAGAACCUAGGAUCGAGCCAUUUGGUUUUACAAAGAGUGGUCAGGUGGUGGUCAGAAUGGGUCGGGACGAAGAGUUCAAUUCGUUCAAGUCUUAUGACCCCAAGGACAAACAGUUUAGAGAUUUUGGAAAUCAGGCAUAUGACUACUACUUCAUGGAUUCUUUCGUGGAGAGCCUUGUCUUACUUGGCCAAACCAAUGUUUUUUCUUACUAAGGAGAGACUCAGAAUAAUCUACAACAGCAGCUUCUGUCAAUGUGGCUUGCUUUGCUUUCUGUUUGGAUGAAAAUAUGUAUCAGCCACUUGGUUUAACCAAGAGUGGUCAAGUAGCGGGUCUGAUUGGUGACGGAAGCUGAUAUUGGUUCACCCUACUUUGAAAUUCAGGGAUAUUACCACUACUUCAUGGGGUUCUUGGACAGCUUAUUUUAUUUGGCCAAACAAACCUUAUUUUUUACUAAGUGGGAAUCAGAAUCAACAACAAAAGGUUGGUUGCAUUGGAUUUCUGUGCUUACUUUUACUUUUAUUAACAUGAAUAGAUUGCUUUCAUUAAUGUUGAGUUGUGUAUUGGCCGGGUUCAUUACUAUAGGAAAAAUGAGGACAGUCUCAUAAUUAUGUAUUAGUGUGGUUUCAAUUUCAGAUAUUUUGAAAUUUGCCUUCUGUUUGAUCUUUAAUUGGUUUCUCCUUAAAGUCCUUAUUCGGUGUUUGUUCUCAAGAAUCCCUUGCUUUUGCUGUAUUAACAGAUACUUGUCAGUUGGUAUUAUACUUACUAACAUCCAUCAUCAAUACAUCAUGGUGAAUUGUGAAUUUUAGGUUUCAGUAUUUUGAAUUAGGCAUUUACGGUAAGUACUUGAAUGAAAGAUAACGAAAGUAGUCGGCUUCUCAUGUUUAGGGAAAAUAAGAGCAUGAUUGUGUUCAGUACAUUACUUCUAUUCAAUGGGUAUGAGGUAAUGAUAGGACUGUACUUGGACGGGGCUUUCUCGUUAAUAUGCAACGAUGCUGCCCAUUCAACCUUUACAAUUUGUGUUGAACUUUUGUUUUAUGUUUUCCUUUGGUUAUGGCACUGUCUUAUGUUAUGGGAUCAUUUUUUUUUUCCUUGACAACAUAGGGCUUCUACUUGAUUCAGUUGGUAAUAUUGCUGCUAUAAACUUUUGGGUUCUCUGUUUCUGUUCAUAAUUAACUGCAGUCUGCAAUUUUUGAUUCGGUUCUAUUCUGGACGGAAAGGAAUAAAAGGAUCUUCAAAGACUACAAAAGAGAGAUUUAGGUUGGUGCAGUCAUUAUGGGAGUCCAUAUCUGUUGAUCUCAAAAACUGCACUCUCUACUCUACUGUUCAGGACUAGAAGGCUGUUGUAAUUUAGUUUGGUAGUUGAGGGGAAUACCUGUGGCAUAUGGUGGAAUUUCAGGCCAAAGUGGUCAGCAAGGAGAAACCCUGCAUCUACUUGGGCAAGCAAACUUGACAUCAGUACAUCACAGAAGGACCAUUUAUCUCGACUCUUGAUGUGCAAAGGGGAAUCCUUCCCGUAACAUACCCAAGACCAUCUUAUUCUGUGGCAUCCAAGGAAGAAUCAUAUGCAGCCCAUGCAUGACAGAGACCUCAUCAAGGCUAUCUAUCAAGUGGCCUGCAGCUUUGCCAAAACAAGAAAUCACUUUCUUAUAUGAUUCGAAAGUGAACAUAGCUUUGUCCUUUGGCUUCAGUGAGAGUGUGCCCCUUCUAAAGUUCAUUGCAUCUGAUGUUCUUCACUUCGAUCCUGGUGGAUCUUGAUUUUGUCUCCGGGUCAAUGGGUGAAUUGUCAGCUUCCGCUUCUUCCAUAUGAUGCAAGGUGGUGCUUUCCAAUCCUGAUAAUGGUUGGGAUAGAAUGAAAGCCAAUAGUCCUAUCCGAAUAGAUGUUUGAUAUUGCUGGACCAUGAACCUUUCUAGGAGGACAAUGCAUUCGUUAAACCUUUCAUAAAUUAUAAAUCCCGCAUGUCUCCUUUUGUACGAUGCAUUGCCUUAUUCUUUUUAGAUUUUUGGACCAUUAUUUCCUCGUGUGCUUUGCACAAUCAAUAUGGGAUUAAGAAUCAAGAAUUGUUUUACACG